AUGGGCGGCGACAUGUGCUACGAGAUCGGGCAAAACGCCUAUAUCAAGCUCGUCCUCCAAGCCCUAAACCACAAGACCUCCGCCGUCAACGGCCUCCUCCUCGGCCGCCUCUCCGCCUACAACAACGACAUCGUAGAAAUCACCGAAUCCGUCCCCCUCUUCCACUCCCAGAUUGACCUCCUCCCUCCCCUCGAGAUCGCCCUAAUUCAGCCUGAAACAAAUAACAGGCGGAUUAGCUAUUCCGCUUACGAGCACAAGCAAACGGUAGGUUCAGCAAUAGAGAAUGAAUACCAUGUCACAAUAAUUCCCCUAGCUAAUCCAUCCUUUAGGCAAGUUUUUGAAGAGGCUGAUGGCAUUAGAUUAUGCCAGGUUAGCACCCUCGCAAUCAUUCAUCUUCAAUAA